GUCCCAACCUCCGUCACUCAACGGAUGCUGAGGCCAAGGCGCAGUUGCCAGGCAACGGCCGAGCGCAGACGCCCGAAGGGACGCAGAAGCCUCGCGACCCGAUGCUUCAGGCCUGGGCUUCCUAGGCAGAGGGACCAGCCAAGACUGAACAGGGGGCGAUGGACCCCAGAGAUGUGAAAGAGGAGGUAGAGGAGGACGAGGAGGAAAUCACCGCCUCCACACUGCGGGGCAAGCCCCGAACUCUUCCCAUUUCAGCGACACCAGCUUUCAGCUACAUCCCAACACGGCGUCAGGAACCCAAAGAGCUCAGCUACUUCUUACGGGAGAGCAAGACAGGGGUCGUCUCCCUCUAUGACUGUGUUUUCAAGAGGAGACAAGAUUAUAACCAGAAAUUACAUCGAGAUGACAGAGAACAUGCAAAAAACUUGGGGCUUCAUAUUAAUGAGGAGGAAAAGGAAAGGACUGUGCCAGUGCUGAUGUCCUCUCUCUAUGGAAAACACAUCAAUCAGCCUGUUGAGGCGCUAAACAGAGGCCACGGCCGUGUAAACCAUGUGAAGACUGACUUCUACCGGAAGAAUGACAUCCCCAGCAUCAAGGCACCUGGCUUCGGGCACAUAUCUCCAGCUUGAAGCAGUCUUGUGGUUUACAGGGUGCCCUGCCACAAGUGAGGUUGUGUAGAAAGAAGGUUUUUGUGCAGUUUCAUGUUCUCGUCACCUGUAGCUGUAAGAAUGUACUUCAACCACAGGAGGAUAAGCACAUUCAUAUCUAAGGUGGCUUUGGCUCAGAACCUCGCCAAGCACCUUCACCCAUGUUUCUAUUGAUCUGUUCUGAGAACCCAAAUAAAAGAAAAGCUUGCCUUCCU